AUGAAGCUAUUAGUCUCAUUUUGUUUAUUAACUGUUAAUGAUAUUAUAUGGGAUCAAAUUACAAAAUGUAUUGAAUUAUUUCAAAUAGAAAAUAGAAAUGAAAAUGAUUUGUUUCAUGAAUUUAUUGAAAUUCAAAUAGUAUUCAAAGCUAUACAAGAUAAGAAUAUUCCACUGUAUGAUCAUGUUCAAUCAUAUAUUAAUAAUAAAAUCAAUUCAAGCAUAUCAACAGCUUCUUCUAGAAAAAUCUUAUCAAACAAAGAAGUUGAAGUACAACAACAAGAUAAUGAUAAUGAUGAUUCAACAGAAGAAAAUGGUGAAACAAAAGAAAUAAGACCUGAUCGUCUUUGGGCAAUGCUUUUAUAUAUUAAAUCUACACUUUCUCCUAAUCUACACCAAUUCAUUUCUUUUUUAUUUUCAAUACCCUGCAGUUAUACAUGUGUCGAAAGUGUUUUUUUGACAAUGAAGUAUUUAUCUAAUGAUAAACGAAAUCGUAUGUCAACAGAACUCAUUACAACUGAAUUAAAAGCUCGUUUAAAUUCAUCAUUAUCGUGUUCAAAAAUUUAUUAUUUUCUUUUGUCAAAACCAGAAUUAUUGAAACCUACUUAUUCGAACGAAACAUAUUGUACUAAAAAAUAA